AAGAAGGAUCUACUUCAACUACAUGUGGAAUCGGGUUGGGAGAUGGAGGGGGACUGCAGCAAGAGCAAGAGGAGUUCAGUCGGCUGCUGUGGACCACACGACAGGAAGAGAGGGAGGUAGGUCGGAAGCAGAUGAGUUCGGGAAAGGGCGCUAGCCUGGGCUUGGGUCGGUGAAGAGGUAGGGAUCUCUCUCUCUCUCUCUCUGGACCGAAUGGGUUGAGGUCGAAAGAGGCGUCGGUUGGGCUUGAGCGGGUGAGGUCGGCAAUGGGUUGGAUGAGGAGAAAGGAAAUCAGAUGGAAGAAGAAGGAUGGGGGUAAGUUCGUGGAUUUUCGGUAGAGAUAGAGGGAUCGGUUGCGACUGGCUUGCAAACUGGAGAAGAAGUUCAACGGCUUAGUGAGGUUCAGUUGCUGCUUGUAGGGUCGGGUUCGGCCAGUAGAUCAGAUGGAGAAGUGAAGUUGCGGGAGAAGAAGCGAAGUAGUAGUAGAGCCGAAGGUCCUCGUCUCUUCUCCUUUUAAUGACUCCAAAGAGUUGGAAAUGAUAUGCACAAGGGAUGGGCGUCUCUGAAAUGGCGUUGUCUUGCACAAUAAAUCAUUACUGAAGCAAGUUGCGAACGCGAUUCAAGCCGGAUAUCUGGCAGGGAUCGGGAUGGGCAUUACAUAGAUGCAGUCACUGAGAAGGGAGCUGAGUUCUGGGCUACUUCCUCUAGAUGAAACAUUUGUUGCUAUGGUUCGUUUAUUUGGCUCUCAAGGUCUUGCAACCAGGGGCUUAGAGUUGCUUUUAGCUAUGGAAAAGUUAAAUUUUGAUAUUCGCAAUGCUUGGCUAGUUCUAGUUGCAGAGGAGUUGGUCAAGAACCUUUAUUUGGAUGAUGCAAAUGCUGUAUUUUUGAAGGGAGCAAAUGGAGGAUUAAGAGCUACUGAUGAACUCUAUGAUUUAUUAAUUAAAGUAAACUGCAAGGCUGGGGACCAUUCAAAUGCUUUGACCAUUGCGUAUGAGAUGGAGGCUGCUGGAAGAAUGGCAACCACCUUCCAUUUUAAUUGUCUUCUUAGUGUACAAGCAACUUGUGGAAUACCAGAAAUAUCUUUUGCCACGUUUGAAAACAUGGAAUAUGGGGGGGAAGAUUACAUGAAACCUGACACAGAGAGUUAUAACUGGGUGAUCCAAGCAUACACUCGAGCUGAGUCAUAUGACAGGGUGCAGGAUGUGGUUGAACUGCUUGGAAUGAUGGUUGAAGAUCACAAAAGGUUGCAACCAAAUGUGAAAACUUAUGCGUUGCUAGUUGAAUGCUUCACCAAAUAUUGUGUUGUGAGAGAAGCUAUACGACAUUUUCGUGCUCUUAAGAAUUUUCUUGGUGGAACAAAGGUUUUAUACAAUGAGGGGAAUCAUGGAGACCCGCUUUCUCUUUAUUUGAGAGCAUUAUGUCGUGAAGGACGGAUUGUUGAGUUGCUUGAAGCUUUAGAAGCAAUGUCCAACGACAAUCAACCUAUUCCCCCAAGAGCAAUGAUCUUGAGCAAAAAAUAUCGUACAUUAGUGAGUUCCUGGAUAGAACCUUUGCAAGAAGAAGCUGAUGUGGGAUUUGAAAUCGAUUAUGUGGAAAGGUAUAUAGCUGAAGGGGGGCUCACUGGAGAACGCAAGCGGUGGGUCCCACGCAGAGGAAAAACCCCUUUGGACCCCGAUGCCUUUGGUUUUGCUUAUUCCAACCCUAUGGAAAAUUCCUUCAAGCAGCGUUGCCUUGAAGAAUCAAAAAUCUACCAUCGAAAACUUCUGAUGACAUUGAAGAAUGAAGGGCCUACAGCUUUAGGGGUGGUCUCUGAUACAGAUUAUCUUAGGGUGGUAGACAAGUUGAGAAAAAUCAUCAAAGGCCCUGAUAGAAAUAUUUUAAAGCCCAAAGCUGCUAGUAAGAUGAUAGUUUCAGAACUAAAAGAAGAACUAGAAGCUCAAGAAUUGCCUAUUGAUGGAACUAGGCAAGUUCUCUAUCAAAGAGUGCAAAAAGCAAGAAGAAUUAAUCGUUCUCGUGGUCGCCCUCUUUGGGUUCCCCCAGCUGAAGAGGAGGAAGAAGAGGUUGAUGAAGACUUGGAAGAACUAGUAUCACGAAUUAAACUUCAAGAUGGCAAUGCAGAGUUCUGGAAACAUCGUUUUCUUGGGGAGGGCUUGAAAGAAGUUCAUGAUGAGGAAGAUGAAGUUGAUGAAGAUGCGGAAAUUGAUGACACAGAUGAAGAAGGUGAUGGUGAUGUUACAGAGGAUGCUACGAAAGAAGCAGAAGAUGAUGAGAUUGAUGAAGAGGAAGAUGAAGUUGAACAAACAGUGACUCAAGUAGAAGAUGCAACAAAGGUCAAGAAAGAUAAAAAAUUACAGCCUCCUCAAAUGAUUGGCGUCCAGUUACUGAAAGAUUCUGAAGAAACAGCUACUGCUACAAAACAAUCACGCAGGAAACUUGGCAGAAUGCUUGUUGAGAAUGAUGAUGACGAUGACUGGUUCCCAGAGGAUUUGCAUGAAGCAUUUAAAGAAAUGAGAGAAAGGAAAAUAUUUGAUGUAUCAGAUAUGUAUACUAUUGCGGAUGCAUGGGGUUGGCCUUGGGAAAGAGAACAAAAGUCAAGAAAGCCAUUGAAAUGGUCACAAGAAUGGGAAGUUAAUCUGGGAAUUAAAAUUAUGAAGAAGGUGAUUGAAUUAGGUGGAAAGCCAACCAUUGGAGACUGUGCAAUGAUAUUACGCGCUGCUUUAAGAGCUCCCCUUCCCUCAGCAUUCUUGACAAUUUUGCAAGAAACUCAUAAGCUUGGCUUUACUUUUGGGAGCCCAUUGUACGAUGAAAUCAUCUUACUUUGCCUGGAUCUUGGAGAAGUAGAUGCGGCCAUUGCCAUUGUUGCUGACAUGGAAACUAGUGGAGUUAAGGUUCCAGACCAAACUUUAGACAAGGUGCUGUCUGCUCGGCCGGCUACUGGCUCUUCCACAGAUGAGCCAACAGUGGAGCAAUAGAAGAUUGGUCAUCGUGACAAUGGUUUCUGGUCGGUAAAGGAAACUAUGGAAAAUUAAAAUUGAUUUUUAAUCUUGUUUUCACAAGGCAUGAUGCAAUUUGGUGAAAAAUAUGGUUUUUGCAUGGAAAUUUCAAAAUAUGUGUAUGCCAAGCACCAGAACUACUGGCUAAAACUAGAAAUAUUGCUUUGAAUUUGCUAAUUUGUUUAUGAAUUGACUAUAGUGUAGAUAUGAUUAGUGAUGAUAUUUUUUUUUUUGUACAUCAUUGGUGAGAUAAUAAACUGACAAUACACUAUAAAUGCUCAGUUUUUUUUUUUUUUA